CCUCAAAGAGUAUAUUCUCUCUAAUUAAAAAAGGAAAGUAGCUGAUCAUCUUCUUACCAUAUCGAUAAAAUCACCAGAAAGUUAAAGAUAAGCCGACUGUAAAAAACGCCACGUGGCUCCAUUAAAAAGACUAUAUUUCUCAUUCUUCACCUCCGUCACAUGUUCUUUCUCCUACCUCACACGCACUCCGCUCUUUGUUCUUGAGAGACGAUCUCGAUUUGAUCUGUGUGUUUGACUUUUUUUUUUUACAUUUGGGGAUCAAUGGGUGUUGAUUACUACAACGUCCUGAAGGUGAGUAGAAACGCUAACGACGACGAUCUCAAGAAGUCUUACCGGAGACUCGCCAUGAAGUACCACCCGGACAAGAACCCCACGACAAGCAAGAAAGAAGCGGAGGCCAAGUUCAAGCAGAUCUCCGAAGCUUACGACGUCCUCUGCGAUCCACGAAGACGUCAGAUCUACGAUCAGCACGGAGAAGAAGGGCUAAAAUCCUCCGAUUCACCUUCCGCGCCGGAGACGGUGGCGAAGCAGAGGAGUUACUCAUCGCGUCGCGGCGACGACAACUCAGAGUUUCGGUAUUAUCCGCGCGAUGCCGAAGAUAUCUUCGCGGAGUUCUUCGCGAACAAGAAAACGCCGCCGCCGCCGGCGAACAAGAAAACGCCGCCGCCGCCGGCGAACAAAAAGACGCCGCCUCCGCCGGCUAACAAAAAGACGCCGCCUCCGCCGGCGAACAAAAAGACGCCGCCGCCUCCGGCGAACAAAAAGACGCCGCCGCCUCCGGCGGACAAAAAGACGCCGCCGCCGCCGCCGGAGAAUAGGAAGGCGCCGGAUAUAGAGAACAGGUUGCUUUGCACGCUUGAGGAGCUGUACAAAGGCGGGAAGAAGAAGAUGCGAAUCUCUCGCCUUGUUCCUGAUGAGUUUGGGAAACCAAAGACAGUGCAAGAGAUUUUGAAAAUAGACAUUAAACCAGGUUGGAAGAAAGGAACAAAGAUCACGUUCCCUGAGAAAGGCAACCAAGAGCCCGGUGUCACUCCCGCUGAUCUCACAUUCGUCGUAGACGAGAAGCCUCAUCCGGUUUACACGAGAGACGGUAACGAUCUGGUUUUCGAGAAGAAAGUCUCUUUGGUAGAUGCGCUAACCGGAGUCACCGUUAGCUUAACGACUCUUGACGGGAGGAAACUGACGAUUCCGGUUCUGGAUAUUGUUAAACCGGGUCAGGAGAUUGUGAUCCCGAACGAAGGAAUGCCUACUAAAGAGCCUUCGAAAAGAGGAGCCUUGAGAGUCAGGUUCGAGGUCUUGUUCCCGUCGAGGCUUACGUUAGAGCAGAAGAGUGACCUUAAGAGAGUGCUUGGUGGGGUCUGAAGAGCUGAAUGUUUAGUUUUCAUCUCAAAGUAAGCUAUUAUCAUCAGUGUACAUAUAUUUGAUUAUCUUUUUUUUUUUUUUAACUUUGUGUUAUGAGAAAAUUCUGAAUAAAUGAGGUUGUUCCA